AUGGUACUGCCAUUUUGUGGAGGCUGGGACCAAAGAAGAAAAGGGAUGCCUUCAAUCCUCCCAGCUGUUAUCCAAGCAAUGGCAAAAAGGCAACUCAAAACCAUAGAGGAUGGACACCACAAACAUGUGCACACUCAUAAAAAUGAAUCACCAGCUCCCAAGUUAGGUGGACCCACAGUGUCCACUGAUCCCUCUGUAGAUGAGGAUCUACUGGUUCCUGAUCUAGGUGAACCUGCAACACCCACUGGACCAUCUGUAGAUGAGGAUUUACCAGCUUCCGAGUUAGGUGGACCCAUGGCAUCCACUGAUCCAUCUGUAGAUGAGCAUCUACCAGCUCCUGAUCUAGGUGAACCUGCAAUGCCCACUGGACCAUCUGUAGAUGAGUUAAGUGGACCCAUGGCAUCCACUGAUCCAUCUGUAGACAAAGAUCUACCAGCUUCCAGGUUAAAUAGAAUGGUGGCACACACCAACAUAUGGCAUGAGUGGAGGACAUGCCCCAUCAUUGACAUUGAGGCUCUUGCACAAUCUGCCAUACCCUCACCUAUGCACUAG